AAUGGGGAUGUAUGUAUUUCAAUUCUUCACCCACCUGUAGAUGAUCCUCAAAGUGGAGAACUGCCAUCGGAAAGGUGGAACCCCACCCAGAAUGUCAGGACGAUCCUACUGAGCGUAAUCUCCUUGCUUAAUGAGCCCAACACCUUCUCUCCGGCAAACGUGGACGCCUCCGUCAUGUUCAGGAAAUGGAGGGACAGCAAAGGGAAAGACAAAGAAUACGCGGAAAUCAUCCGGAAACAAGUGCAGGCCACCAAGGCGGAGGCGGAGAAGGACGGUGUGAAGGUGCCCACCACGCUGGCCGAGUACUGCAUCAAAACUAAAGUGCCUUCCAACGACAACAGCUCCGACUUGCUUUACGACGACCUGUACGACGACGACAUCGACGACGAAGACGAGGAGGAGGAGGAAGAGGAAGACGCCGAUUGUUACGACGACGAUGAUUCCGGCAACGAGGAGUCGUGACCUGUCCCCUUCUGGCCCUUCUUCCCCCACCCCCCCGCCC